AUGCGGUGUCAACUCCUCCACGUACUGGCUAUUGCAAGCCUCCCUUGGGGUUGCCUCGCGUUUCUCGAGGAGCGAUUUGUCUCAUUUGACAACGUUGGCACUGCAGAUUCACAACUGAGUAUCACCAACGCCCCCAUUCUUGUUGCCCAGGAUGACUUUGUUGGAGUGCAUAUAGCUGCGAAUAGCUUGGUCCAGGAUCUCCAGGAUAUCACCGGUGCCGUGAGGACGGUCAGGAAUGCGACGCUGUCUGGCAUCACGGAACAAGCGGACAUCGGCACGGUCAUCGUUGCUGGCUCCGUCAAUUCAUCUUUGAUCCGUGACCUCGCGGUCAGCGCGCACAUCGACAUUUCCGACAUUGAAGGCAAAUGGGAGACGUUCAAGACCACUGUCAUAAAACUCCCCGCUCCUGGUAACGGCCAGGCUUUGGUGAUUGCGGGAAGCGAUAAAAGGGGUACCAUAUUUGGCAUCCAUACCCUAGCUGAACAAUCCGGCCAGUCCCCUUACCACUGGUUUGCCGACGUACCAGCGCAGAAACACGCCGAGAUAUUUGCUCUCAACAAGACGACAAUUCACGGAGAGCCCACCGUCAAGUACCGCGGAUUGUUCAUCAACGACGAGGAGCCUGCCUUAAACACAUGGGCCAACUACCUCUGGCCCGCAAUGUGGAAGUCCUUUACCCCACCGCCGGGAAACAUCUUCUUUACAGACGAUCCCGGCAACCAGCAACUGGCUGAUGACUAUGGCAUUGUCAUCUCGACAUCUCACCAUGAGCCUCUGCAGAGGGCCACGAAUGAGUGGAACGAGACGGUUCAGGGGCCGUGGGACUGGUCGAAGAACAAGGACAACAUGACAAAAUUUAUGGACGAGGGUGUUGCGAGGGCAGGUCGCAACGAGUCGUACUUCACCAUCGGACUGAGAGGGCUCGGCGACGAGGCAGCCAACACGGACAACGCGAUCGAGAUGCUCAAGGACGUAUUCGAGACUCAAAGGGGGAUCAUCAAGAAGUACCAUGGGUCUGAAACAGCAGUGAACCAAGUGUGGGCUUUGUACAAGGAGGUCGCCUCAUACUACGAUGCCGGGCUCAAACCGGCGGAGGACAUCACGUUGCUGUUCCCGGACGACAACCAGGGGAACGUCUACCGGCUGCCCACCGGCAACGAGACCGAGCGGGAGGGUGGCUCAGGGGUCUACUUUCAUUUUGAGUACGUCGGUCUGCCGCGGUCGUACAAGUGGCACAACUCAAACAACUUGGCCAAGGUUUACAAGGAGCUUUCCCAUGCUCAUCUCCGCGGUGCCAACCGGAUCUGGAUCAUGAACGUGGGAGACCUCAAACCGAUGGAGCUACCCCUGAACCUGGCCAUGGACCUUGCCUGGAAUGCUUCGACCAUCAGUUUUGAGACUCUGCCAUCGUACCUGGCCCAGUACGCCGCUCGAGAGUUUGGAUCUACCCAUGCUGAGGAUAUUGCUGAGGUGCUGAUGGAACAUUCUCGUCUCGUCGGCAUGCGCAGAUUUGAGCACAUCACCCCCGGCCACCUACUCAUCCACCAACUACCACGAAGCGGAGGGAGUCCUACUUACAUCCGGCAUUCUUUCAACUGGUUGGUCACCCCGUCUUGUCCGGGGCCACAUACCACGCGGUCGCGAUCAAUACGGCAAUCAACUACCGCUAUGCCCUCGAGCGCCGUCCUGGAGGAUUUCGAGGCGGCCUACGACCUCGUGGAGGAUUGGGAUGGCAUGGUGGACGGAAAGUGGGCCGAUAUGAUGGCCCAGGCCGUAUACGACGCCGUCGAGGAGCCGAAGAUGUGGGCAAACCCGUCGCGCGAUAUCCUCGCCAACCUCUCCUACGUUCAACUGCGACAAAACAUGCAGUUCUCACUCGGGAACCUCGGUAUCUACGCCGAGGGCUCAUCCAACCCCGUUCAGCAAGGCCGAUGGGCCGAGUCAGUCGACGCGUCCAUGCCAACGACUGACUUUGCUCCCCUGCUCCCGCAAAUGGACCCUUACGGUCCCAGCGUGCGGCACGUAGAAGUCUUCAUGCGCGGGGAUUAUCGUGUACCGAUAACCUGGGCCCUUGAUCCACUCCCUGUGCCAUGGCUCUCCAUCUCACCCGCAAAUGGCACCCUCGACAAAGACACCCCUGAUACCCGGCUGAACGUCACCAUCGACUGGGCAUCCGUCCCAGAAGAUUUCAACUCCACCCUCCUCGUGGGCAUCCGUUCUACGCCAGCCCGAUACCCCUACUUCGACCAGAUCCGCAUCCCCGUGCUCAACGCCCGCGCCCCCGCCUCCUUCACGGGCUUCCCCGAGUCCGCCGGCUACAUCUCCAUCGAAGCGCCCCACUUCGCCCCCGGGCCUUCAAACAGCACCGAAGACACCAACCCCGUCUCCCUCGUGCACAUCCCCAACCUCGGCACACGGAGCCAAUCCGGCGCCAUCGCCCUCCGGCCCUUCCACGCCGCACGCGCCGACCUCACCGCCGCCCAAGCAGCAACCGCAACCUACCCAAUCUACCUCUUCCGUCCCGACGCCGACCUCACCGCCACAGUGUACAUCAACGCCGGCCUCGACACGGACCCCAACCUAAAAAUGGAGUUCUCCCUAACGCUCGACAACCAACCAGCGAAUUUCACGCGCGUGCUGGGGGAGUAUGUCGAGAACCCGCACGCGGGCGCCAUCCCGCCGGAGUGGAUGGAUCAUGUGGCGGAUCAGGUGUGGACCACAACGGUGCGGUUGGGGCGGGCGGCGCCGGGGGAGCAUGUGCUGGUGUGGAGGGUGAAUUCGCCAGAGGUGUAUUUGGAGAAGAUUGUGGUUGAUACGGGCGGGAGGGUGGCGGGGAGUUAUUUGGGGCCGCCGGAGACGGGGAGGGUUGUUGAGGGGGUGGUUGUGAGGGUAUAAUUGGGGGCAAGGGGGGUGGUGAUGUUGUCAUUGUGGUCUUGAGUGGUGAGCUGGAGUGUACUGUGCGGAGGUCUUAUGCACAACCGCGGAUCCCGAGAUAGCUGCCG